AUGGAACACGGGGAUAGCAAAGGGGGUGGAAAUGAGGUCAUGGAAGACAUAUUAAAAUUCAUGAAAGAGCAGAAGGAAAAAUCGGAUAGGACCUUGAUUGAGGUACAAAAACAGGCUGAGGAAGAUAGAAAGAAAAUAGAAGAGUUAACCAAAUCCGUUCACACUUUAUUAGCUCAAAGCGAGACAAAGCAGCCGCAGAGCGAAAGCAUUUCUUUUGCGCCGCGCCUAGAGAGUCCGCCGGCUAGAAGCGGGGGAUCAGUUGCCGAUCUUAUUUUUAUAGAAAUGCGACUCCCCACGUUGACGGGGAAAGAGAAACAAAGCGAAGUAGUCAGUUUCUUCUACAAAUUUCGCGCGGGGACUGUAAAUCACACCACGCAAGAAAGGAGGGAUCUCCUUGAAGCCAAGGUAGCGGGAAAAGCAGCUCGGUUGUGGGAACACACGAGCAUGGCUUCGGAAAGUAGCGACUUUGAUCAAAACUUAGCUGAAUUUGAGAAUGAGCUGAAAAGUAGAGCAGCGGAUCACAGGGAUUGGACUUCGAUUUAUCUCAAACCUUUCAUCCGAGGGAACAAUAUGUCUAUUCGGGAAUAUGCUGAUCAGAUAAGCGACAUCACUAUCAGAGCAUUUGCUGGCGCACCUAAACAUAUACUCGAAAAACACAUGAUCUCGAAAUUUAUGGCUGGAUUAAAUCAUAGAGAAGCUAGCAUCGCACUUGCCGCGGAAUUGCAUAAAAACCUCCCCUUCGAAGAGAUGGUUAAGAUUGCCACCAAUGUGUAUGAAUACAACAAAGGAAACUGGUAUCAACCCCAGCAAAAUCCAUCAUUUGAAGCUGAGAAUUUCUUAAACAGUCAUGCUCCAGCGCAUCUAAGUGCCUUUUGGGACGGUCCGUCUCAAAAUAAUCGAUCAAUUCCUCAACCAACGGUUGAUAACGUAGGUCCAAUUGCAAAUCAGCAUCAGGAUUUUCACCUACCCGGCCUGCAAUAAAUUCGCGCAAGCCAGAGUCGGGUGAAUCCGUCAGCAGUUUUAAAGCGCGAUUAUUUUGUCAGUAUUGCAAUGGAGGAGAACAUUUAGAGAAGGAUUGUCACAAACGGAAGGAUUAUUUGAAACAGCUCAGAGAGAAGGCAUUAGCAGCUCGGGUAAAUUAUAAAGCGAAUAGAGGAUCUUCAAUCGUUCCGCAAAUCAUCUCAGUUGGUCCAGUGGAGCAAGAACCACAUGAGAAUUCUGAAGUUAAAAUUACGGCAAGCUGCACGAUAAACAAAAUUGAGAGUCUGAGAGAAAAACCCGAACUGAAAUCACGUCAGGAACCUUUUACAUGCUCAAAUCUUGAGGAAUCGAGUACACGUAACGAUGAACUCGAAUCCGGAGAUCUCGAGACAUUAUUCGCUGAGCCCGAGAUUUCACGUCUACCCUCAAAAGUCCACCAACAGACAGACUACACAUUGGAGUUGUCAAAAUCCGCGUUCAUGAGUUGGAAACACGAGAAGAAGAGAAUAAUUCCGAGUUUUAAAGAGAUCCUGGACAAUUCCGUCUACGAAAAAUGGUUUAGUACUACUGCCCUUGAGAUCAAAGACCCGAAAGUCAAUGUUGACAUCCCGAAGGAAGAUACUUUCGAGAGUUUUGAGAAGAGAAAUAAACUUUUCGCAAAAAUUUUGCCAAGAGUCAAUCAAAAUAUUCAAAUUCCUGGUAAUUGCCUAGAUGAUAAUAUGUUUAUGAAGUCAUUUCUUCCUGCUAAGGGCUGCAAAUUUAAGUUCUUGGAGGAAAAUCACAGUUUCAAUGGUGAUUUCGACAAGAACAACUCGAUAGAAUGGUCGUAUUCCUCGCGAAUUGAAGGAAAGGGAACCAAAUUUAAAUGUUCGGAGAUUUACGUCAUCCGUGCGGCUAACUUGACCGUAAAUUGCUAUUUUAGUAUGGAAAUACCGUAUUUUGUUGUAGUAUCUUGUAUAAUUUUAAAGGUAUUUCAAUUUUUGAUUCGUAAAUUCACUAUUUACUUAUUUUGUUCCGGAAAAACAUCAACUCGUACCCUAUUUCAGGAUCCCAUAAAAUAUCCUGAAAACCCGGAACUUACGUUUUGAAGUCGAGGACGACUUCAGAUGUUUAGGGGGGAGCUUGGGGGUUAUUUAGGAUAUUUUAGGGAUUUUUAGGGACUUUUAUUCACUUGUAAUCACUUUUAAUUUCAGACUUCGACUACAUUCACCAAUACCAAACCAGAUCGGACAAGUCCCAGGAGAAACCAAUCAACUUCCCCAACGGCGCAUCGACUUCAAUGACAUCGGGGACGAUGCCAACUUGGUUAGGGGGCGAAUGGUGCAGGACCGCACCGAACCCCGGGCUGGGUCCCGCCGCGAAACCUAACGCACCGUUGGAAAGUGAGAAGAAGAGGAUCCGGAGAGCCGAGUGGCAGGCGGUUGGAUUCGAACGAUAG